UAUAAAAUACCAAAUUACCCCAACUCCUCAUUCUCAUUCCCUAAUCGCCCAAACUCCACCAAACCAAAAAUUGCUCCGCCCGUUCUCCUCCCUGUGCCCUCGUCGUGUGCCGCCGUCGGACACUCACUCGCCGGACCCCGCGCUAAUCUCAGUCGCUUCCCGCCUCCACAACUCUCAGUUUCUCAGUCGCCGGCCCUUUGCCAUUUUGAACGGAAAACUAGGCUUUUCUCUUCAGUGGAUAAAGGCACAGAUCACUGUUUUUUAAUUCCUUUCUUUGGCUGGGACCGAAUUCAUCGGGCAACUGAUACCAAAAAUCAGCCAUUUCAAAAGGAGCAAGCCAAUCCUCUGCUU